CCUUGAUACGGAGCUGCUAACUAUGACGAAUGUGCUAACUAUGUAUAUGACGCCGAAAAUAGACCAAUUUGAUAUCACCCUUCAAUUCGAAUUAGCAAAAGCAAUGUCUCCUUGCAUAAUAUGGAUUCCAAACAUUCAUGAUUUGUAUGUGAAUGAGUCGAAUUACUUAUCCAUCGGUCUAUUAGAGAACUAUCUCUCCAGGGAUUGUGAAAGAUGUUCCACUAGAAAUAUUCUUGUUAUUGCUUCGACUCAUAUUCCCCAAAAAGUGGAUCCCGCUUUAAUAGCUCCGAAUAAAUUAAAUACAUGCAUUAAGAUACGAAGGCUUCUUAUUCCACAACGACGAAAGCACUUUUUCAUUCUUUCAUAUACUAGGGGAUUUCGUUUGGAAAAGAAAAUGUUCCAUACUAACGGAUUCGAGUCCAUAACCAUGGGUUCCAAUGCACGAGAUCUUGUAGCACUUAUCAAUGAGGCCCUAUCAAUUAGUAUUACGCAGAAGAAAUCAAUUAUAGAAACUAAUACAAUUAGAUCAGCUCUUCAUAGACAAACUUGGGAUUUGCGAUCCCAGGUAAGAUCGGUUCAGGAUCAUGGGAUCCUUUUCUAUCAGAUAGGAAGGGCUGUUGCACAAAACGUACUUCUAAGUAAUUGCCCCAUAGAUCCUAUAUCUAUCUAUAUGAAGAAGAAAUCACGUAAGGAAGGGGAUUCUUAUUUGUACGAAUGGUACUUCGAACUUGGAACGAGCAUGAAGAAAUUAACGAUACUUCUUUAUCUUUUGAGUUGUUCCGCCGGAUCGGUCGCUCAAGAUCUUUGGUCUUCACCCGGACCCGAUGAAAAAAAUGGGAUCACUUCUUAUGGAUUCGUUGAGAAUGAUUCUGAUCUAGUUCAUGGCCUAUUAGAAGUAGAAGGCGCUCUGGUGGGAUCCUCACGGACAGAAAAAGAUUGCAGUCAGUUUGAUAAUAAUCGAGUGACAUUACUCGAACCAAAGAAUCAGUUAGAUAUGAUGCAAAAUGGAUCUUGUUCUAUCGUUGAUCAGAGAUUUCAAUAUGAAAAAUACGAAUCGGAGUUUGAAGAAGGGGAAGGAGAAGGAGCCCUCGACCCGCAACAGAUAGAGGAGGAUUUAUUCAAUCACAUAGUUUGGGCUCCUAGAAUAUGGCGCCCGUGUGGCAAUCUAUUUAAUUGUAUCGAAAGGUCCACUGAAUUGGGAUUUCCCUAUUGGGCUGGGUCAUUUCGGGGCAAGCAGAUCAUUUAUCAUAAAGAGGAUGAGCUUCAAGAGAAUGAUUCGGAGUUCUUGCAGAGUGGAACCAUGCAGUACCAGACACGAGAUAGAUCUUCCAAAGAACAAGGCUUUUUUCGAAUAAGCCAAUUCAUUUGGGACCCUGCAGAUCCAUUCUUUUUCCUAUUCAAAGAUCAGCCCUUUGUCUCUGUGUUUUCACGUCGAGAAUUCUUUGCAGAUGAAGAGAUGUCAAAGGGGCUUAUUACUUCCCAAACAAAUCCCCCUACAUCUAUAUAUAAACGCUGGUUCAUCAAGAAUACGCAAGAAAAGCACUUCGAAUUGUUGAUUCAUCGCCAGAGAUGGCUUAGAACCAAUAGUUCAUUAUCUAAUGGAUCUUUCCGUUCUAAUACUCUAUCCGAGAGUUAUCAGUAUUUAUCAAAUCUGUUCCUAUCUAACGGAACGCUAUUGGAUCAAAUGACAAAGACAUUGUUGAGAAAGAGAUGGCUUUUCCCGGAUGAAAUGAAACAUUUGAUUCAUGUAACAGGAGAAAGAUUUCCCAUUCCUUAG